UUUGAUAAUUGUGUAUGCGAGUCUAUUCUUUAUUUUUUGUGCAUGGUGCCUGAAACAAUGCGUUGCUCGAACUGGAUGCCGGGCUACAAAAUUUCUUUUGCAGGUGCCGCAAAGACCGAGAACUUUUUUCUAAGGCAAAAGCCUUUUGACAACAAUGGCAUUCAAGUUUAACUUUUCUAACGAUGAUUUAGAUCUCGACGACGUAGAUCAAAAUUCCACCGAGCAGAUCGAUUCAUCGUUGGGCGAUCUGUCAUUGGAAGAGAGUGCGACGCAGAAAGUACCCUGUAGCGAAUACGAUAUCAAGGCGUGUGUGUUACCCACUCUCCUCCAAGCCGAUAUCCUUGAUAUACCCAAGGUUGACACACCGUUAUACAAGCGAACACUGGCCGACGUCAAAUUCCAGAUGGCCGAGCAGGAUACGCUGUUGAAUGGGGACGCCGAUAAUGAAGAUGGGAAAGUGGUAGAAAUGCUCAAUCUCAACAGUAACAGCGAUCUGGUCCGCGGUGUGUAUGAGGGUGGAUUCAAGACGUGGGAAUGCUCGCUUGAUUUGGUAGAGUACCUUUCACAGCUGCCAAAGGAUCAGAUUACUGGCAAGCGAGUUCUUGAGCUCGGGUGUGGAUCUGCUUUACCUUCACUGCUACUGCUUGCAAAAGAUCCCAGCAAUCACGUCGACGUUCAGGAUUACAACGACCAAGUGAUCCGAUACAUCACAAUCCCCAACAUUCUUUUGAACACAGUAUUAACGGUUCAAGAAUCAGCAGCGCCAGCAGAAGAUGUAGAAUCAUCAGACGAAAAUGAAGAGGAGGAAGAGGAAAGUGCAUCAUCUGAUGAUGAUGAGGAAGAAGAAGGCGAAGAUGGAUUAAAAGACCAGAUAAUCGGCGAAAAUGUCACCUGUGAUGCGGAAGCGGAGCUUCCUGCUGAUAAGGUCCCUGAUAUGUUGCAACGCAUUACAGAACGCACAAGAGCAUUCGUGGGCGAUUGGAGCGGAUUACCGUCAUUGGUACAAGAUACAAAAUACGACAUGAUUGUUACUUCUGAGACAAUCUACUCCGAGGAAGCAUUGCCUGCCUUGGUUGAAGCCGUUCAAAAGACGCUCAAAAAGCCGGAUGGUGUAUGCUAUGUUGCUGCCAAGACGAUCUACUUUGGCGUCGGUGGCGGCAUUCUACCAUUCUGCGACUUGCUGGAUAAGUCAAAAGAUGCGGAUGGCGAUAAGUUUAAGGUUGACAAGGUGUUUGAAAGCGAAAGCACUGUCAAACGCGAGAUAUUACGAUUGAAAUGGGACCUGUAACAAUAGAAAAUGAAAGAAGAACUGCCAUGCUAAAAAAAAACUUGGCUGGACACAUGCCUGUAUAAUUAAAAUUCCUACCUUACACACACGCACGCAGUAACACCUC